AACUCACUAGAGCUAACUCCUCUACCUAUAAAUAGACAAAACUCACUAGAGCUAACUCUUCUACCUAUAAAUAGACAAAACUCACUAGAGCCAACUCUUCUACCUAUAAAUAGACAAAACUCAUUAGAGCUAACUCUUCUACCUAUAAAUAGACAAAACUCACUAGAGCUAACUCCCCUACCUAUAAAUAGACAAAACUCACUAGAGCUAACUCCUCUACCUAUAAAUAGACAAAACUCACUAAAGCUAACUCCUCUACCUAUAAAUAGACAAAACUCACUAGAGCUAACUCUUCUACCUAUAAAUAGACAAAACUCAUUAGAGCUAACUCCUCUACCUAUAAAUAGACAAAAUUCACUAGAGCUAACUCUUCUACCUAUAAAUAGACAAAACUCACUAGAGCUAUCUCCUCUACCUAUAAAUAGACAAAACUCACUAGAGCUAUCUCUUCUACCUAUAAAUAGACAAAACUCACUAGAGCUAUCUCUUCUACCUAUAAAUAAGGCUGCAAUGGUUAAAAGUGUAAACGAAAACGUUUAG